GCCCAAACGGAUGCUGCCCGACCUGCUGAGUAUUUACUGUUGCCUUGGUUACACCUCAUUAAUACGCAACUCCGCGCUGGAUUGGCCGCCGCCUGGUGUCGUCACCCACCUCGUCGGUCGACGGCUACGAAGCACGUGGGCCUCCCAGCAUCACGGGGCGGCCUGCUGAUUGGACGAUGUCAUGUGACGCCCCUGGUUACUGCCUCAUCGCCAUGCGGUGAUUCCCGGAGCGUGGCGGGGUGGCCGGUGCCAUGGAGGAGAUGAUAAUGUUCUUCUACGACCUGCUCCUGGCAACCAUCAGUUAUCUGAGGCCGGAACCGAGCCCGGCCACCCACUGCCCCAGGAAGAGCUCCGGGGGUCGCCGCGGGCCCUGCUCCCAGCCCCGUGACCGUCGCCCCAUCAACGUGGCCGUGACGGGUCCCGUGGGCUCCGGGAAGAGCACGCUGGUCCGGGCGAUGCUGAGGGAUGCUGGCGCCGAGGUGCUGGAAGAGGAGGAGGCGGCGGACUCCUCCGACAGCCUCAGGUCGUUCGUCUUCCCGGACAACCCCCGGGUCCUCCUCUGGGACCUCCCCGGCAUCGAGGCGGACGACAGCGCGCCGUGGGCGCCGGAGGAGCCGGGACUCGCCGCAUUUGACUUCUUCAUCCUCACCAGCGGCUCGCGGCUGAACGAGAAGGUGCUGCAGCUGGCCCGGGACAUCGAGCGGACUGGCAGGCUCUUCUUCUUCGUCCGCACCAAGGUGGACGACUAUGUCCGGCAAACGCAGCAGACCAGCUUCCCUCAGGCUCAGCUGCUGCGGGAGAUCCGCCGCCACUUCAGCAAGGGGCUGCAAGCGGCCGGGGUGCAGGCGCCUCGCGUAUUCCUGCUCUCCGCCUUGGAGCCCCGCGACUACGACUUCCCCGACUUCAUGCAGGCCUUCCGCGGCGAGUUCUCCACCCGCGACUGAGGCGGCCGGAGAAACCAGACCACCUGCAGACGGGAAGGGUCGCCUUUGGAUGGAAACACUCUGUGCCCAGAUCACACCCAUGCCACGGGCAUCCUCGAGCCAGCCAAUAAAAGCUUUGCCACCAGCCUCCUCUUCUCCUCUCCACCGUCUCCCUGUGUGACAUGUUGUGCUUCGGGAGGUCAAACGUAAAGGGGCAAGACACAGUUCACAGCAGGACCCUGAGCAGAGCUGAUGUACACAGGGAUCCUGGGGUCCGUCCCCAGCUCCCUGAAAGUGGCCAAACUUCCAUACUUUAUUGUCACCAAUCUAGAGCGCACAAUCAUCACAGCGAUAUUUGAUUCUGCGCUUCGCGCUCCCUGAGGUACAAAUAGAAGUAAAUAUAAUAAAAAUUUAAAUUAUAAAUCAUAAUUAGAAAAUAGAAAAGUGAAAGUAAGGUAGUGCAAGUCAGGUCCGGAUAUUUGGAAGGUACGGCCUAGAUUCGGGUCAGGAUCCAUUCAGCAGUCUUAUCACAGCUGGAAAGAAGCUGUUCCCAAAUCUGGCCGUAGGAAUCUUCAUGCUCCUGAACCUUUUCCCGGAGGGACGUGGGACAAAAAGUGUGUUGGCUGGGUGGGUCGUGUCCUUGAUUAUCCUGGCAGCUCUGCUCCGACAGCGUGCGGUGUAAAGUGAGUCCAAGGAUGGAAGACUGGUUUGUGUGAUGUGCUCGG